AGAUAUGACUUCCCGACUUCGUAAAGCUUUCAUUGACAACCUCAAGUCUGCAGACUGGAUGGAUCACGCGACAAAGAAAUCCGCCAAGAGAAAGGCCCGCGCAAUCAAAGAGGACGUGGGUUACCCUCCUUAUAUCAAAGACGACAGCAAACUUGACACCCAUUAUUCAACGUUAAACGCAAGCAAUGAUUAUUUUGAAAACAGCGUGGCAAUGAACAGGAUGAUUGUGCAGAAAAGUUUUGACGUGCUUCGCGAGCCGGUCAACAAAGAUUUAUGGGCCGAAAGUCCUGCAGAGGUCAAUGGAUAUUACAGUCCACAGCAAAACCGAAUAGUGUUUUUGGCUGGAAUCCUGCAAUCUCCAUUUUACAGAAAAGGUUACCCAAAAUAUCUCAACUAUGGAUCAUUGGCAAUGGUCAUUGGACACGAAAUUACACACGGAUUUGACAGCACAGGGCGAUUGUUUGAUAAAAAUGGAAAUGUGAAGGAUUGGUGGUCUUUCAGUUCGACGCUGGAUUUCGAGAGAAGAACUGAAUGUCUGGUUAAUCAAUACAACAACUACCAAGUGUUUGGAAAAUAUAUAGAUGGCAAACAAACUUUGAAUGAAAACAUAGCUGAUAAUGGAGGGAUAAAGCUUGCUUAUGAGGCUUAUCAAUCUUGGGUCAAGGACAAUGGAAUAGAGGGGCGGCUACCUGGCCUGGAUCUCAGUGUGGACAAGCUUUUCUUUAUCGGAUAUGCUACGCCAUGGUGUAGCAUCUACAAGAAGCAAGCUGCUCUUUAUCAGUUGAAGAAUGACGUACAUUCGCACCCAAAAUACAGGGUGCUUGGUCCGCUGUCCAACUUUAACAAAUUUGCAGACGCUUUUGGUUGUAAGCGUGGAAGUUAUAUGAGCCCGCAUACCAAGUGCUCGGUGUGGUAAUCACGUGUUAUUACUUUUUUUUUUGCUUGUGAUUAAUCCUUACAUCUUAUGCAAUUUAAUGAACCAUUUUUGUAUUCUCGGUAUUGAACUUGAACCAGAUUGCAACUGAAGCUAAUGCGGGGAAUCAUCAAAUGCAAAUGACGUUAUUCUCUGUGAAAAGUGAGCUGAUCAACAUGACACGAGCGUGGGACAAGGAAAAAAUCUGAGUCUCCGACAGGAAUCGAACCAAUGACCUCCCAAAUACCGGGCCACUGAGCUACGAAAACUCGUGAUACGUAAGGUUAUUGUUGCCUCCGUUGACUUACCUACGAUAUUUUCAACUAUAAACCCCUGUAUACCAUGCUGAAUUACGUGCGCCAAUUAUUCAAAAUCAAGGUAGUU